AAGAUGGCGGCCCCGCGUCCGCGAGCGGGCAGCCCGCCCCUCCCGCGACCUUCCCAAGGUGGCGUCUUCCCACUCCCUUUGGUGUCACGGAGGCUCCGCCCCCGAGCGGUGCAUGCUGGGAGCGGCGGCGGUGCGGGCUGGCUGAGGCGCCGGGCCUGGGGCUGGUGCGUGGGGCCGGGGCCGGGGCCGGGGUCGCAGCCGCAGCCGCAGCCGAGUCGGGGCCGAGGGGCGCGAUGCCGGAGCUGGCCGUGGACCGGGUGGUGGUUCACCCGCUGGUGCUGCUCAGCGUGGUGGAUCACUUCAACAGAAUAGGAAAAGUUGGGAAUCAGAAGCGAGUUGUUGGAGUGUUGCUGGGCUCUUGGCAGAAGAAAAUAUUAGACGUAUCCAACAGUUUUGCAGUCCCUUUUGAUGAGGAUGAUAAAGAUGACUCUGUGUGGUUUCUAGACCAUGAUUAUCUGGAGAACAUGUAUGGAAUGUUUAAAAAAGUCAAUGCUAGGGAAAGAAUUGUUGGAUGGUACCACACAGGGCCCAAACUACACAAGAAUGACAUUGCCAUCAAUGAACUAAUGAAAAGAUACUGUCCUAAUUCUGUAUUGGUAAUUAUUGAUGUAAAGCCAAAGGACCUGGGGCUGCCAACAGAAGCCUAUAUUUCAGUUGAAGAAGUUCAUGAUGAUGGAACUCCAACCUCCAAGACUUUUGAACACGUGACCAGUGAAAUUGGAGCUGAGGAAGCCGAGGAAGUUGGCGUUGAACACUUGUUACGAGAUAUUAAAGACACAACAGUGGGCACUCUGUCCCAGCGCAUCACAAACCAGGUCCAUGGUUUGAAGGGACUGAACUCCAAGCUUCUGGAUAUCAGGAGCUACCUAGAGAAAGUGGCCAUGGGCAAACUACCCAUCAAUCACCAGAUCAUCUACCAGCUUCAGGAUGUCUUCAACCUGCUGCCAGAUGUCAACCUGCAGGAGUUUGUCAAGGCCUUUUACCUGAAGACCAAUGACCAGAUGGUGGUGGUCUACUUAGCUUCUCUUAUCCGGUCUGUGGUUGCCCUGCACAACCUCAUCAACAACAAGAUUGCCAACAGAGAUGCAGAGAAGAAGGAAGGUCAGGAAAAGGAGGAAAGCAAAAAGGAGAGAAAAGAUGAGAAGGAGAAAGACAAAGAGAAGAGUGAUGGCAAGAAAGAGGAGAAAAAAGAGAAAAAAUAAAGUGUAGUUUUUUAUUUGUAAAUUAAAAUCUUGUAAACUAAAUCUUUCUGCUGCUAGAAGGUUCUUUUCACUUGUUAAAGUGAUGAGAGUUCUCUGUUCUUGCCUGUCUUGAGAGGCACUUUUAGAUCAGCUGCCUCUGUUCUUACAUCGUACAGGCAGAUAGCUGGAUAGAAGGGGACGAGAGCAUUCAGUCCACACACAGGCAGUGCUAAUAAGGAGCAGGCAGACUUGCUACUGGGAAGGAAAGCCCCUGUCAUUUCAGUCCUCAGCGCUGUGAAGGGAGGAAGGAACAAGCAAAGAUAAAGUGCAGCGUUUGUCAUCUGCUGCCAGUAAAAUCUUGUGUCCCAAGAUGCUUGUCUGUCUCCUUCCCUCAUGAUUUAGGUCUACUGACUAUUUGGGGUUACUACCACGUAGUAUGUAAAACUGCUAAACUGUGUGCAUGACCCUGCUGCUCCUAUUCUGCUGUCGCUCUGGAUCUGUGCUUGAGGGCCCUGCACAGAGGAUGAUUUUACCUGCCCAGCCUGUUGCCCAGGAGAUUGUGAGGUGGAGAUCUUGUACGGUUUCACUGCCAAGAGAUGAUUAAAUGGUUUGGUUUGUAAAUCUGACUUCUGGCCAUUUUAAUCCCAAAAGCCAAAUGGGAGCUGAUUUUAUUAGUGCUGGAGUGAGGAAUUUAGGAUACAAGAAUCUCGUUUCAGGAGGAAAGAAGCUGAGCAGGAUGAGAGCACAGAAUGUAGCCUAUGAAGAUAAGAUGGGUUUGUGCCCUUUGUGUUGAGAUGAGCAAAAUAGGUCUAGAGCAGUUGGUGCCCAAAUCCUGGCAGUGCUGUACUGCCAACUAGCACAAAGCUCUUUGGGCCCGUUAUUAUAUCGGUGUACUACAAGAGCCCUCGCCUAAUCAAGGGCGCUAAAGGUUGACUGUACAAAUUCCAUCUUGGCAUGGAGUCUACAAGACACGGGCAAGUUAAUCGUGAAUUUUGGGAGCUCGCCCAUGUUAGUCACCCCCCUUAAGAGGGGCUGGUGGCUCCCUUGCUACCCUACCUUGCUCAGUGACAGGAGGAGUAGGGGCAGCUAGCAUGCAGCUCCAACCCUUUUGUGGAAGUGUAGCCGUGGAUUACAGGACGCCACAUUAAAGUGGGGGCAUUGGCUCAGCUCAAGUAGGAGCAUUCCAUGCAUGGAUCUAUAGGCUCCAGACAUUGCAUUUCUAUAUGAAAGAUGGUGAUUGUCUUACAUUCCUGUAAAUGAAGUGUGCAACUCUAGGUGUCAUGGAAAUAAAGGAGCCUCUAUAAGCAUUACUUUGAAUCUGGGUGAAUGGAAGGGGAUGUUGGCCAACUACACUAUCUUUCCCUUGACUGUGAUGGUGAGCCUAGGAAGCCUUUGCCUGGGUGGCCUGUCAAAUUGCAUCACACCAUUUCCUCUGAGAGCUGGUUGUAUUCAAACCUCCAAGUA